CUUUAUCCGACAGAUCCACGAACACGAGCAAAAGUUGAUCAAAUGCUUUACAUUGAUGUUGAUUGGUGGGAAAGUAUAGUAUCCUACGUGAAUGUUCGAGGAGUUUUUCUGCGGAAUGAAAAAACUAAAGUCGAAAACGUUGGCAACGUCACCGACGUUCUUGCAGCUUGUAAUAAAAUUUUGUCUGAGAAGAAAUACAUUGCCGCUGAUCAUUUGACAAUCGCAGACUUUGCUAUUUACAACACAUUAUCGCUGCUCAACAUAACGAAUUUCAAUGACUACGAUGCAUAUCCCAAAGUCGUAUCUUGGAAGAAAACAAUUUCACAACUUCCAUAUCACAAAAAAAUCUGCGAGGAGCCGGAGCAAAAGUUUAGAGCAUUAUAUCUGUCCAAACUUGAAGAAUAAAAUUAUAAGCUUCGAUUAUAUGAAUAAACUGUAAUUUAGGAGUAAUGAACUUUAAACGAUCGACGAUGAAGCUAUCGUGUUGAAAUUUAGCAAUAUUUUAACAACGUCUAAAAGGGAUAAUUCAGUAUUUUGGAGAACAUUUUAAUUUUUUUGAAAUUGUAUGUCAAUUAAUUAAAUAAUGUAUUAUUUUUAAUGUAUUUAGAAUAAU